AUGCAUUCUAGCAAGCGAACCAUGACCAGCAAGGCUCAUAUGGAGCCAGAGAAGUCUUCUCUGAGACCUGAACUUCCCGAAGAUGUCCAGGGAUCUUUAAUGGACGUGGGCAUGCGAAUUCGUAAAUCCGUGUCUACUGGCUACAAGUCGAAACAAACUACCUUUCCUGCCUACAAUCAACCGUUGUAUAAUGGCGUGGCUGAAAAUAUUGCUUUAAAAAAUACUGCCUUUUCUUUCGAACCCAAUGGUGUGAAGCGCUCGUAUGAAGACACAAUUCCUAACUACAACUGGGCGAAUCCUCCUCCCGAUUUUGAGGAACCUGAAUGGUUGAAACCUUUUGAUGUUUUUAUGGAAGGUACAAAUGAACGUCUUUGA